AAAAGCCCGAGAAAAAAAAAGCCCGAAAAAAAAAAAAAGAAACUCGAAAGCGAUGCAUUCUUGGGUGCAGCGGCUGUUGGCCACGGCGACGACGGCGGCGUUGCUCCUCCUCGCCGCCUGCGCCGCCGCCUCCGCGCUCGACGCCUUCCACGCCCCCUCCGUCCAGGCGCAAGCCCAUGUUACAAAGAUAAACCGAUUCCACAAGCAGCUCAAUGGGAAUGACAAGGUGACACUGACGUUCAACUUGUCCGCAAAUUUGGAGUCACUAUUCACAUGGAACACAAAACAGGUUUUUAUCUUUCUGGCUGGUGAGUAUGAAAACUCAAAGAAUUCGCUCAACCAGGUUUCGUUAUGGGACCACAUAAUACCUGACAAGGAUCAUGCAAACCUGCAACUGGAGGUGAAGAGCAAGUACCCUCUUAUUGACCAGGGAAGUAGUUUGCGUGGGAAGAAAGUUCAGCUUGUUCUACAGUGGCAUAUCAUGCCCAAGGCCGGUGUAAUGAUCCGGGAUCGGAUGGCUCUGUCAGAGUUCGAUCUGCCAGACGCCUAUAUUUCUUGAACAGCUCUGCUCUAUCUAAUGAGCUUUUGCAGUAGACUCACAAUUGUACAUCUGAGAACAAUCCUCUAAUGAACAUGACGAUAAAGCAUCUCUGCAUUCUAGGCAAUGCUCUUACUAAUUUGGCAUCUAUCAUACAUUACUACAAGUG